UAUGGUGCCAAACGUACAUUAAAACCCAAACAUGGACCAGAAAAACCCCGUCACAGAAAUCUCCUAGCCCAACAUACGGAAAAUGACGGAGGAACCAGGCACGACACCCGGCUCCGACGGCACGACAGUAGAGGAAUGCAAAAAUAUGAUUCGCCGGAGUUUCCGGACUCCAAUGGUGAAAUUUUUGAGGGAGCAUAUGGAGAAAGCAGGGUGUGGAGUUGGUGAAAAUUUCUUGAAAGCUGUUAAUUGUGAUAAGAAGAUUGCUGGUGGUUAUGUUCGUGGCGAAGGGAUAAUGGUGUGUAGUAAUCACAUGAACACUCAAGAUGAUGUAAACCAAGUUGUUAUACAUGAGCUGAUUCAUGCGUAUGAUGACUGUCGGGCUGCGAACUUGGAUUGGGCUGACUGUGCUCAUCAUGCCUGUAGUGAGAUUCGUGCUGGCCAUUUAAGUGGUGAUUGCCAUUACAAACGAGAAUUGCUGCGGGGUUAUAUGAAAUUAAGAGGCCAUGAGCAGGUCGCUGCUCAUGGCUCUCCUGCAGCAUAACCUCAAAUCUGCAGUUUAUUACUGGGGGUGAGCUGAUGGCAUGAGAGGUCUAAUUCAGUUACAGUAGAUUUGCAUUUCUUCUACUAUCUGAACAUGGUUUUUCCGAUGUAGUUGUGGCUACCAGGCAGUCCCAACUCAGAAGAAUUUAUGCAUGCACUAAGACUUCUCAAUUCUCAUCGGUGCAGUUCGUCAUGGUCUUCAGUAAUUGAACCAUAAAAAUCAAUCGAAGCUCUCAUUCAGCUGCUGAGCAAUUCACCCUAGCCUUCUCUUCUGUUUUGUAAAGUGUUAGCGUGCAAGGUCAUGGUGAGAAGUUAAAGUUAUGGCACCAAUUUCAAUCGUUAACAGGCCGAUUGAGCCAGUGACUGAUUCCCGAUCAUGGAGCACGUGAUGGCCAGUCAAACCACUUUUUCCUAUUUGAAAACCUUGAUCCUUUAGAAGCUUAGAAAGAACGAAAGGAAUUCACAGCAUAUGAUGCUCAUAAUCCCAUAAUGUUCUUUAAACUUACACUUUACUGAAGAUUCAUUUGUGAGGCACUGUUUCCGAUACUAUUGGGUACUCCUCUAGCCUUCAUCCUCUUGAUGUCCAGACAAAAGGGCAGGAAGCAUGCAUAUUGCGGAGAGCAAACGGAUGAGAAUUGGGAGGAGCAAGGUGAAAAAAAUAAUUUGAAGAUGGAUGUGCUGCUAGAGAUUCUAUCUUGCAUCUUCUUACUACUACACUAUCCAACAUUCGCUGCUAGAGCCAGACCACUUACCUCAGGUUAAGGAACAAAAUACUUUUCAUUUCGUUUUGUUUUUUGCAGGUUUGGUGAUCACUUGCCAUAUGUUUGUCUAGCUUGCAACCCUCUCUUUAGCUUUGCAGGUAAAAUGGAGUCAGACUACCACCAAAUGGGUGGAAGAGGCUCCUCGGUGGUGGUCUGAGGUUUAUUCUUUACCAUACAAGCGACAUAACAUGCACAAUAACUUGGAGCCUUGGUGUUAUGAUUCACUCUUUCUUCAUGUCGUAAAUUUUUGUUGCUAUUUUGUAAUGAAAAAGUGUGGGGGUGGAUGGUUCCCGGGAGUUGAGUGAUGAAUGAAAACUCCAAAAAAUAAUUGCAAUUAGUGCCAGUUACAGUUUUG